UUGGAUAGAUUUGAUAAAUUUAUACCAGUUUUUACAGCUUGCUCUCAUUUCCGGUAAAACGUGUAGAAAUCAAAUUUUAACUAAUGUUGAGUUAGCCGACUCUUCACUCUUCCUGUGCCGCCCAGCUGGAUUUUUGUCGCCAUGGACUCAAGCCCAAUAAAGCAUAAGGAAUAUAAUGGCCGUGAUCCUGGCGAUAGUUGGCGUGGCGGCGGCUCAGUACGAGGCUGGCCACGUCAAGAUCCUUCAGGACAAGCGUUACCAGGAGGGCGCUGCAUUCGGUAACUACAGGAACCAGGAAGAUGGUAUCAAGUAUCAAGAAGAAACCGAUCAGCAGGGCAUCAGGCGAGGCUACUGGGAGUAUCCUGACGAAACUGGCAAAAUCCUUCGUGUCGAGUUUGAGGCUGGCGCAGGCAUCGGCUUUAGGAUCACUAAUUCCAACUACUUGGCUAACUCUCUUAUCGACAACUCCGUGAUCCAACCACGUCCUGCUGCUCCUGUCCAGCAAGUUCCCAGAGCCCUGCCACAACCUGUCCAUCACACUCAACAAAUCCACCAAGCCCCUCAACCCAUCCACCAAGCUCCUCAACCCAUCCAUCAAGCUCCUCUGCCCGUUUUUAGGCAAGCUCUCCCAACCACCACCACCCCUAGGGGGCCAAUCAAUUUAUUCGAUUAUCCCGCCAGCCUUGACUUCUCGCGACAUUCCCUUGGACACAGCUUCAAAUUCACUGCUAAUUAGGCAACACAUUGUUAUUAAGGAAUAAGGAUUGCCGUUAUAACUGAAGAGACUGAUGACUUCUAUAAAAGUAUUCGUUUUCUAGUCUUUGGUGCAGGCAUUUCUUUAAAUUGGAACGAAGAUAAAAAUAUUUGAUUUUUCGUCUCAUUUCAAUACACUAUUAAUUUGUCAUAAUUAUCUCUAAACAUAAUGGGACAGUUUAUGAAGCACAUUCAAAUUGGGAUUCCACAUGACGACGAGAUCAUUUCCGCAAGCCACACGACGCGUUUUUAUCCUGCUUGUGGCCAGUGGGCGAGACGGCAUCAUGAAGGGCGAUCACUUCCUAGAAGUGAGUUAGACCUGCGCGUCCCCGUUACUCCCGGCCUUCAAGCUGCCACCACUUCCUUCUACUACUCACCUGCAUCACCUUGUUCUGUCGACGCUCUCUCUUAUUUUGUUAGCACCUAAGCAUCAUAUUCUGCCAACACCACCACCCCAUUCUUUCGAUGCUCUCUCCCAAUUUUGCCAACACCUAAGCAUCAUAUUCUGUAAACACCAUCACUUAGUUCUUUCGAUGCUCUCUCCUAAUUUUGCCCACACUUAAUCAUCAUAUUCUGUAAACACCAUCAUCUCGUUCUGUCGACGCUCUCUCCUUAUUUUGUCAACACCUAAGAAUCGUAUUCAGUUUACACAUUCACCUCGUUUUUUCAUGGCUACUCGUUAGUAUCUUCACUCUUGCAACACGUUUUAUUUUCGCUAUCUUCAUGCAGAGUCCCAGUAUUGUCCAGCUAUACACUCUAGACGCGCUGUUAUCAGGAUCGCCUCAUUUUAUUCAUAACUUAUACACAUUUUCUGUAUUCGACUCCUUGCCGUCAUCACCCCAAUAAUUUGUAUUGUUAUUUUUUUCUUCUCUAUCCAACUCUGCAAGACAUGCAUAAUUUGCAUUCUCUUUUCAUUAUUGCAACAUUUAUUGUCAUGAAUUGCAACUUAAAAUUAGGAGCUAACAAUCAAAUGUUACUCCCUGUAUUUUCGUCACGCAUCGUGCAGUUAAGGUAGAAUUCGUACAAUAAUCCAGCAUAAAGUUUCAUCUAUUCGCUCAAUUGUUUCUGCCCUAUAGCUAAGGUCGUCUUUACACUAAUCAAUAUACAAAACAACUGCGCUCGCCACGAGGUCACGCUGAGCUUCCUUACUUCUAAAAUUACUCCAGAGAUUAUUGGGAUGUGUUUGCGAGGAUGAAAUACUAUUGAUAGUUGACUAAAAAUAUUACUAAUUUGUUUGAUAAUAGAUUCUCCAUCUCAUUAUUUCUCGAAUCAAAAUGGAAAUAAUGAUUACUUUUUUAACCGGUAUUUUGACGAGUUCUCCAACUGUAAAUUUGUAUUUGAUUAAGUUGGUUCCAUGUAAGUGAGUAAUUUCUGCAAAUUAAUAUAUGCUUAUAAACAAAAUCUAUAAACAACGGCCCGUUGCCUUGCUAGCUGAUGAGACAGAGACAGUGCGAGUUUUUCUGUGACGAGGAAAUAGCGCAUUGUUCUGUUCCUGUUCAAUGUGUGUAAAACAUCAAAUAAAGUGUUGUAAAAGCC